UGCUCUGCUCCCCCAUGUCACUUCGACAAUUGCCAGCCAUGAGCUGCUUCUUCAACGCGUGUACCAACCCAUGUGUGCCCGACGGGACGCAGUGCGCCUUCCACAAGAACCGCCGCCCGUGCAUCGAGCCCGGGUGCCACAACCAAGUGUUUGCACGCUCGCGCUGCGUGCGCCACGGCGGCAAGCGGCGCUGCUCCGUGGACGACUGCACCGCCAACGCACGUCUCUACGGCGUGUGCUCGCGGCACGGCGCCGCGCGCAGCAAGCCCAACUGCACCACCGAUGGCUGCGCCAGCGUAGCCCACCGCCACGGCAAGUGCAUCCGCCACGGCGGCGGGCGGCCAUGCAACUUCGGCGACUGCAAAACGCACGCGCGGAGCGGCGGGUACUGCUGGCGCCAUCGCCCCGCGACGCCAUACGCGCUCCCGAAUGACAAGACGCUGCAAGUGAGCCUCAGUGCCAUCAAGGAAGAGCUCCUCGACGCCUCGAUCCUGGACGCACCCUUUGCAUGGCUGCUGCAAGUGUAA